CAGCACACUCACUUUGCGAGCUACAAGUGCGCAGGCUCGCUCAUUUCCCUGUCAACAUACACCCGACACGUUCCCGUUCUUCUCCUUUUGGAAUAGCUCUGCCUCUGCUCUCCUUCCACGGAACCCUGCCACAACUUGGCGCGAUGGCGUCUGGCAAAGAGGAGAAUGCAAAGGGCCCGGCUCCCGGCCCCGACGGAGAAGAAGAUGACUACAUGACUAUGAUCAUCCCGGACCCCGUCAAGAAAGAGACUUCUUUACAACGUGCGACGCGACUCAAGCGCGAGGCCCGGGAACGCGGCGUGAUCAAGUCCAAAGCGCAGCUUGCAAAGGAAGCCGACGAAGCGCGCGAGAAGGCCCUGUCUACGUCUUUAUUCGACGCGCCGCGCACGCAGCAGAGCAAGGGGCUGGCCAUGAUGGCCAAGAUGGGAUUCACCGGUGGAGGGCUCGGCAAACAGUCUGCAAAGGGCACGCCGCCUGCGGGCAUCACGGAACCCAUCAGCGUGGCCGUAAAGGACAACCGUGGCGGCGUCGGCCUCGACGCCGAGAAGAGGAGGCGCGCCGAGGAGUCGGGCGAGGGACAGCGGGCGGCGAAAGCGGCCAGGCUGUUUGAGGACAUUGAUCCAGCCACGUACAGGGAAAGGAUGAGCAGGGAGCGCCAGGCCGAGAAAUGGGAGAGGCAGGUUACGGCGGCCCAACGAGUCGCAGCAACCCUCGACGGCGAAAACAUACCCGGCGAGGAAGCUGAAGAUGACGAGAUCCCGCCAGCAGAGCGCCGCCCUAUAUCAACGCGGCGCCUCAAAUCGUAUCCCAAAGAGUACAGGGCGUAUGUCCGCAAGGUACAGGAACAGGACCGCCUUAAGCGCGACCGCGCCUUGCUUGCCGCACGCCGCCACGACCGCGACCUCAACGGCGAUGAAGACAACGACGAUCUCACUGCCCUCGGCAAAAAGGUCGAAGAAUACGUGGAGGCGGAGGACUUGGACGAGAGUGACGAGGAGUUGGAGGAAUUCACCAACCUCGGUGCCGACGAGCAAUUGAACAGCGUCGUCAUGUAUCUACGGGAGAAGCACAACUACUGCUUCUGGUGCAAGACGGCGUACCCUGACCGGGACAUGGAUGGUUGUCCGGGCACUACGGAAGAUGAUCAUGACUGAAAGCAACGAUGCAUACCGCUGUAAAACUGUAGCUUUACAUGAAAUCAUGUAACC